UCCUCUCCUCUCCGCCCCCCAAAGCAAAAGCAACCCAGCCCGAGCCCCCCCCCCAAAUUUCCCUUCUCUUCCCCGGCGACGUCCCCACGCCGGCCGCCCCCGCCCAGAUCGGCGUCCGCCGCGCCGCCACGCUGCCCUGCCCGUGCCCCGCGCCAGCUCCCCCGUACCGUCGCCCGCGCCGGACCCUCGCCAUUCCGCGCCGCGAGGUAUCCGCGCCACUGUACCUCUAGUGUUAAUACUUUUCGGGGGUGCGGUGGUGUGGCGCGCGCGAGCGCGCGCGUGUAAAUAGCAGGUUGCAGAGCAUGGGGGAGGGUUCGAAGAGGCGGCGGGCCACCCGCUCGCAAAACCCUAGCCUCGAUUCCGAGGACGAGGAGGAGGCGCGGCGGGUCAAGGAGGAGAUCGCCGACGACCUCAACGGCGAGCCCGCGGAGGACGACGACGAUGAGGAGGUGGUUGUGGAGGAUGAGGAGGUGGUCAUCCCCUCCGACGACGAGGAAGACGGCGGCGGCGGGGGCGGGGCCGACGACUUCGUCCCGCGCACGCUGGAGGAGGCCCUCGUGCCGCGGGUGGGCACGGUGUUCGACUCCGUGGACGAGGCCUUCGCGCUCUACAAGGCCUACGCCUACCGCACGGGGUUCCAUGCCGUGCGCCGCACCUGCCACAACUAUGAGGGGCUCCGCUAUCGCUCCACCUUCACCUGCACUUAUGGCGGCAAAUCCCGGGCGGGCGCAGCCCCCUCUGAUGUCCCAGGCGCCCGCUACCCGCUCCGCAGCAAGCGGGGGGCAGCUGUCCAGGAGAAGAAAUCUCGGCGUGGCGCUGCCGAGAAGACAGGAUGCAAGGCGAUGCUGAUCAUCCGUGACAAGCGAGUGGAUGACAGGUGGAAGGUGGAGUCCGUCGAAUUGGAGCAUAACCAUCCUUGUACUCCAGAUAUGGUGAGGUUCUUAAAGGCGUACAGGGAGAUGCCCGAGUCUGCCAAAAAGAAGGCAAAGAUCACCAAUGAGAUGGAUGAGAUGGUGGAGAAGUCGCUGAGCGAGAUUGCUGAGACAAGGAAGUUCCCGACACGCCCCAAGAAGGGUGCUAGCGGUGGUGCUGCUGUUGGCAGCCACCACAGGGUUAGUAGGACCGAGAGUUUUGUGCAGCGUUUUGGGGAGGAUGACCUCACUGCACUCAAGAAGUUCAUCGAAACAAUGCAACACAAGAAACCAAACUUUAUCCACAGUUGGGAUCUUGAUCGAGAAAGUCGUGUCAAGAAUUUCUUUUGGACUGACUCUAGGGCCCAGGCGCAAUACCGCUACUUUGGUGAUGUCAUUACACUUGACGUGAUAUAUUUACAGCACUCGCGUGCCAGCCUCCCGUUGGCCACGCUCCUUGGGGUGAACAACCAUGGCCAUCUUGUGCUUCUUGGCUGUGGUCUCCUGUCCGGUGACAACAAGGAGAACUAUCUUUGGUUCUUGAAGAGGUGGUUGAGCUGUAUGAAUGGUAAGCCACCAGAAGCGAUCACGACCAGCUACUCAGAUGUCAUUGCAGAGGCCGUGGCUGAGGUGUUUCCAAAUGCAAGACACAGGUUCUGCUUUUGGCAUAUCUUGAAGAAGCUACUUGAAAAUGUGGGACGCACACAUGAGAAAGAGGCAAUUUCCUCAAGGUUCAAGGAGGUUGUUUACGAUAGUGUCACUCUUACCGACUUUGAGAAAGAGUGGGGAGCAAUGGUCGACCAAUACAAUCUUAAAGACAACGAGUGGUUUUCUGCAUUGUACAAUUGUCGGAAACAGUGGGCACCUGGGUAUGUAAAUCAUUCUUUCUGGGCUGGUACUUCUGCUAUCAGGAAGGUUGAAAAACCUGAUCCAUACUUUGAUGGUGUUGUGACUAAAACUACCCUUCCUGUUUUCCUUGAGCAAUAUGAGACUACUCUGAAAGGGAAGUUGGAAAGAGAGGCGUAUGAUGAUUUACGCUCAUACUAUUCUAGACUCACUUUGCUCUCAGGAUUGCCCUUUGAGGAGCAACUUGUGGAGAUCUAUACAGUAACCAUGUUUCAGGCAUUCCAAGAUGAGAUUAAGCAAUUGAUGCAUGUUAUUUGUAAAGAGGUAGACAGAAGUGGGAGCUCAAUUACUUACAUGGUCAGUGAGUUAAUACAAGGAAAGAAGGUAGACUACACAGUUGUCUACAACAAUUCUGACAAGGAUGUUUGGUGCAUUUGUCGCUCCUUUCCCUCACGGGGCAUUCUUUGCAGCCAUGCUUUGGCUGUUCUGAAGCAAGAGAAUGUGCUGAUGCUACCAUCAAAGUACAUCCUGAACCGCUGGAGAAAGGAUUUCAGAAUACUUACUUCAUCUGCAAACACAAAUUGUACUGAAUCAGAUAGAAAUCUGGGUAUUUAUGAUGACCUCUAUUUUCGUGGCCAUGAGUAUUUUGAAGAUGUCAUUGACAUUGGAGCAAGAGAACCUGAGCUGAAGGAGUUUGUGCUGUCAGCCAUGAAGGAAGCAAAGGACAGAUUGAUUAGGCCUGACCACACCCAGCAAGGUGACCACCGCGUUGACGUAAAUAUGACUGUGACUGGUCCGGUGUCCACAGAUACAAGAGUCGAUGUGAACAUGGCAUCUCACACCUCAUCCCUGAUUCAGGGGGACAGAAGGGUUGAUGUGAAUAUGACAUCAAACGCACCAGCCCUAGUUCCUGGUGAUACCAUGACAUCAAAUGCCACGGCCCUGAUUCAUAGGGACAGAAGAAUGGAGAUGAAAAUGCCACCCACUCACCUUAUUCAUGGAGAGGGAAGAGUUGACAUGAACAUGACAUCUCCUCACUUGAUGCAGAGGGAAAGAAGAGUGGACAUGAACAUGGCGUCACCGCACCUGAUACAGGGGGACAGAAGAGUUGAUAUGAACCUGGCAUCACCCCACUUUAUACACAGUGACAGAAGAGUUGAUAUGAACCUGGCUUCUCCGCAUCUGAUGCAUGGGGACAGAAGGGUUGAUAUGAACAUGGCAUCCCCUCACCUUAUACAGGGUGAUACCAGAGUGGAUAUGAAUAUGGUAUCAACUUCUCAGAAUGGGAUGCACACUUUUGAUUUAGUGAAUGUAAACCUGGAGAGUGGCUCUUUGCCGAUGGCCGCAACAGAUUUUAUGCAAAUGCAUCCACAUCCACCAGUUUAUCAUCCAAAGCAACUUCUUGAUAUGAGGGAUCAGGUGAUGGAUGCAAAUAAGAGACCAAAUAUGGAAACCAACACUUAUUUUAUGGGAGGUGGUAUGCAUGUGGGGUAGUUCGAUUAUCUAGCUCUGUAAAGCUUUGUGUUGGAAAAGGAUGCAUCCUUCCUUACUUUGACAUGUAAUCAUGUACGUUCUUAGAGCAGGCAGACAACUAAACAGCUAGGUUCUAGUAUUGCAGAUCGACCUUGACUGUUGUUAGCUCUAUUGUACCAUGUUCCCUCUUUUGGCAGUUGUAGUAGGCUGGAUGCAUAUUAUCUUGUGCAUAUGAUAAAAAAUGAAUAACCCAUAUUAUCAUCUACUCCCUCAGUCCCAAAAUAAGUGUUGUUUUAGAAAAUUUCAGACACUACUCAUCCUAAGAAAUGACUUUGUUACUGUGAUUGAAAAUCGUGUUAUUUAUUUGGUUUUCUGGACCCUCAAUGAAUGCAUAUGCAUUGGAACUAGAAAAGUAACAUCUACUAAGGUCAGUCUUAGUGGGAGUGUCAUCGACACAGUUAUCAAGACUGGAAAUUUGAGAAUUGUGUCAGUGGAGUGUCAUGGUGAUGACACUCCUCUCACAUUUCAUGACACUCCUCUCUCCUCAUACUAUUGGUACAUAUUAGCAAAUUUAAUAUCCAUGACACUCCCAUAACACUCCCACUGAGAUUGACCUAAGUAUUUGAUUGGCUCUAUACAUUUUCCUAUACAAUGUUUUCUUGGUAUUUGGUAUUGCUUUAAUUAGAUGGAUCUCAUUACAAGCUAAAACAACACUCUUUGUGGGACAAAAUUUGAAUGCUAAAACAACAUUAAUUUUGGGACGGAGGGAGUAGUUAGCAAUUUGUAAGUGAGAUGCCUUUGGUUGCAAGAUUAUACUGACAUUUCUGGGUUCAGCUGUUGAUUGAUGAUAUACUUUGGCUGCAUGCAUAUCUUGCCUCGUGUUCAUUGUGGUUUAGGUGCAUCAUGUCAUGUGCAUCGGCCAUCUAUCGAGCCUGACUUGUACAUGGGAAAUAAAAAAAAUAUUAAUAAUAUGUUGUCGUGCUACAUAAGUUAACUGGCUUCUCUUUCUUUUUCUUGGUAAUAUAUUUUUUCUGAUAUAAUUGUGAGAGAUCAUGUAUUUUUCUUUUUGCUACAUCUAUGAUUACCAAAAGAGGCAGCUUGCUUACUGUUAUUGUUCGGGGUGGGAUUCUAGUGCUCUCUGUUACUGAUAAAGGAAGGCUCAAGAUCAUCAGGUUACAUGUCCUAUUAUUGCUUGUAGCUAAUUGCUUCUUUUUAACAAGCUGUGAGGCAAUACUUGCCCAGAUACCACUCUUGAUCCGUUUCUGGGUAAUAUUAACUCUUUUCAUGUUUGAUUUAAACUAUUGCCCUUGAUUCUUGAUGGUUUGCUCUAGAUCAGUGCAGACUGGAGAAUGUAUACAAGUUGAUGUAUCACGAUGUCCUUGACCCAUUGUUGGUUCCUUUCGGAAUUUUCGGAAAUUCCAUUGCAAAUCUGAACCUAGUGUCAAUUUAUGUUCUUUUAUCAUUGAGUUUUGGAGGAUGAUCAGCAUGUUGCAUGCCCCGCUAAAUGUGCUUCAUCAAUUUGUGAAACAAUCUUUCCAUUCCAAACAAUCGUGAGAUCUGUACUAGAGGUAAGUCACUUUUAAGAGGUUGAAGCAAAGUACGGUGACAUGAAACACUAUGCCACAAACAUCGUGGGAACCUUGUAGUUAUAGUAAGGUAUAUGUCAUUGAGGUCUGAUAAUGCCUUCCAUUUUCAUUUCUGCUUCUGCAGCACAUAACCAAUUACCAGCAGACUGUACUAAUUGCUUAGUCAGUUAGUCUUCAGGAUUCCAGGUGUGUACUUUUGGUAUGUCAAAACUGACAAGUUACUGAGAAGUGUAGGUCAAACUUUUUCCCCCGAAGUGUAAUUAAAUUUGAUUGAAAUAAAAAGUUCUUUUUUUAACAAGGAUUACAAAAAGAUCACCUUCAUUGUCAUGGAUGAAUUCAUCAUCUUAACAAGAGUAACCCCCUUUCUAAGCGUUCUAUCUAAUAGCUUGGAUGUAGCAAUGUAGGGAAUAUUUAUUCCUUUUGACCAGCAAGGGAACAUUUAUUCCUUUUUGCCUGCUUGCCUACACAGAGAAGGUUUCACCUUCUCCAAUUGAUUUUGCUUCCUACAAACAAAUAUUUAUCAGACAUGUCAUGAACAUGCAGCUUCAACCGCAAGGCUUUUUGUGACCCCUGUGCAUGGAUUUCCAAAGUAAUUUGAUGACACUGGAACACUGCAGCUGCUCACCCCAAUACAGGCCUACAGAGAUCCCAGUAACAAUAUCAGCAAAACAUAAUAAUCAGUUGACAUAUCAAGAGACGAUAAUGGAUUAGCUUGUAGUUACCUCCUGAACAACUGAGAGAGCCUGAGUGCUGCUGCAUUCGCCAUGGCUGUAACUCCCACAUGUGCCGCUUGGUGUCCCGAAGCUUGCAAACUUGAUGCUGCUGAUGACCUGACCUUCUUUCGGGCAUUCCAGGCGAAGUGCAGGUCCAGAUCUCUGCAUCUUCUGUUGAGAAGAAAUCCAGCUAUCAAUUUGGGCUGGAUGCGCUUCUGACACUUGUGCGCAUACACUUCCUGUCUGCCUUGUCACAAAGGAUAUCUUGCUUGGGUCACCACCGAACUGCUCGAAAAGGACUAUGUCAUUGCUGCCUGGUUGGAGAAACAAUCGGGGAACGUGGUACCUAUUUAACAAGAAGGAUCUUCAGAGGAGAACGUAUAAAAUCAACAUAGAUGAGAUACUGGAACUGGUUCUUCAUGUUGUGAACAAAAAGGAUCGUUGAAAAAUAUUAGAGGAUUUUGUAGGGGACUGUGGAAGUCUUACAAAGUCUGUGAUGGCUGCCCACACUUCUUGAGGCAUUUGCUCGAAGUGUAGGAUCCUCUAUAGUUGCAUGAGUUAACACAGCCGCUCUGUGGAGCUAUAUUUGUUGGCCAGUAUCGACCAAUGCUCUGGCCAUUCACCCAGGCUUCGCCUUUCCCCAAUCCCGUGAAGUCAAUGGCAACAGGAUCAUCACCUGCAGGGGCUGUGAAUUUUGUCUGUGUUUGGAGAACUGCAGUUAGUGCAUUGACCCAAGGAAACAACUCAAGGAAAUGGAUUAGCCAAACGAAUAUAAUGUAUAUAUCUUGUCUUUGAGCCCACUCUGGGUCCAUUUAAAUGUCAUAUAUGGGUUUCAUGGUCAGAUGAUCAUACUGACCUUGUACCAAAUCAGUGGUUGAUUGAUUGGAUAAGCAUUGGAUGAGACCCAUUCUGGUGAGGCCUCUGAAGGAUCAUACAGGUGCAAAUCUUCUCCUCUGAGUCCAAUCUGAAGUAUCAAGUUAUGAUAAUAAAUGUGAAUCGUACUACACUUUGGUCUAAUUGAGCUUGAAGUAAAGUUAAGUCUACCUGGUAUGUCCAUUGUGCUGAAGACAGAUCGAGUGCGCCGUUUGGUCCACUCAGCUUUACUGGCCCAGUAAUUCCGGCACCUACCAGGUCAAAGAAUGCACCAUAAUUCUGUACGAACAGAGACGUAAAAAAUAAAUGGAUUUCAUAAAACUGUUACACCAAACCAAAUAUUGCAAAAUGGAAUAGAAUAUUUCAUCUCGCGUCUUUUUGUAAAGUGAAAGAUAAUUACCGACAGCCCAACUGUUGCACUCAGAAGAUCUAUUUUGUUCUUUCCAGGUACUAGUGUAAUUGGUUUCUGCCAGGAGAUGAGUGAGCUGCUAGCACUACCUUGAGCGCUUCCUGUACCUGCUAUUUUACCAUUGACGUAGACCUGAAGAACAUGCCCAAGUGAGCUUACAAGCAGAUUGGAUUGGCUGCCAUUUAGAUAAGGUUCAUCACCUUUAACAGUAAUGCUGCACAGGUUACAUCAAUAUCACAAAUUGUGAGUAUUCUUUGUGUCAGUGCACUCUACUAUAUGCAUAAUUACAAGAUGGCAUGCAAAUGUACCUUGUUGAGUACCAGAGGAAGUCACUGGCAUCUGCUGUGGUGUUUAUCUGCUCCAUCAGUCCAACUUUUGUCAAUGCAUUAUCCUUUGUGAUACCGACAGGUUCUAUGGCAUAGCUCCAGCCAGAUACUGCAAAUUCUGGCGUGGUGAAAGAUCCAUCUGAUGCUACAGUGCUCGACUCCAAGUACCUCAUUUCUGAACUUGUCACUUGAGAAUUGAUCUGGAAAUUAUAGCCAUGCGUAUCUCUGAAUCA